AGCGGCCGCGGCAGCGCGCGGUCGCGGCGGCGGCCGCGGCCGCCCGUAGGGCUCCGCCGUUGCGGGGGGCGCCGCCAGACGGUCGGGUGCGACUUGGCCUGGCUUUCCUGCGCCUCCAGUGGUCCACAGUCGUUUCGCUCGCGCCACUGGAGGCCCCUGGGGACUGCGGGAGGCCACCGGAGGCCACUGGAGGCCACGGGGGGGCCACCGGAGGAGGCGCGGGAGGCGGCUCCAGGCUCGCGGGGGGCCGCGGGGGUCCACCUGGUGGCCACAGGAGGAGCCGCUGCGGCCACUCGAGGUGGCGGCGAGCGCCUCCCGGGAACGCCUUCCGAGCCCCCACGGCGCUCCCGCUCCGAUGAGGGCGGCCGCUCGAGCACGGCCGCCGCGGCGCGCGGCGGGGGCCGCCGGGCGCCUCUGCGCGGGCCUGUUGGCCGCUCCCGCCCAGGGCGCCUUUGCCGCAGGAUGUUUCGAUCAGACCUGGACAAUGGAGCUCUGCUGCGGCUUCGGCUUCGGCGACAGGGGCAACGAGCGCUGCUGGCUGCCGCCCAAUUUCACCUUCGAGACCUGCUGCGUCCAGUCGGUGGUGGCCGUGAGCGACGUCAGGAGGUACAUGGACGGGUUCAUGGACUGGCACUCCGACCUCUUUCCGCCAGUGCGCGAGUGCCGGUCGAGCCCGUCACGUGAGUCGAGCGCUCCAGAAAGGCGGGACGACGGCUACUGGGGGCCCCUGCACGCCGAUCUGGGCUACGACCCGCGGAUCAUCGUGGAUGUCGGGGGAGGCACAGGACAGGGCUGGACCUAAACGCUAUUUUGCUGGACUUCGGCCGUGGUUUGUUUUUCCCGGAAAGGGCUCGAGCCCAGGGUUCUCUUUUAGUGGGUUCACCUCCCGGUUCUUACUUGAAGGGGGCCGGCGAAUGUCUUACCCCCCUCCCUUUAUUACGAAAUCUGGAGUAAGUCAAUCGUGCUGCGCGCCGCCAAUCGUCCAGCGGUCCGCAUCUUCACGCUGGAGGCGAUACCCUCCAUGCGACGCGCCCUCCGCCGGCGACUGCGGGCCGCGGGCCUCCGGAACAGCUCGGGGUCCACGCCAGGGAGGGACAGGCUUGGGAAGGUUUCGGCCAGAGCCCCGAAUCAUCAGGGCUGGGGGCCUCCUCCUCCUCCUCCUCCUCCGCCUCCUUCUCCUCCUUCUCCGCCUCCUCCUCCGCCUCCUCCUCCUCCACCUCCUCCUCCUCCUCCUCCUCC